UAAUAUCUCACCAGUUAUUUAUCAACGUAGAGACAAUUUCGUAGGCUUUAUUGUCAUUUAUAUCGUUACAGAAAGAGGUUAUGGUGAACAUAAUUUUAAAAUAACAUAAAUACCCACUGUAACAGAUACGUUUUUAAAGCUAAACGUGGAUCAGUGCUGUUAGUGUGCCGCGUUAUCUCCAGUGAAGUAAUCAGCUGAUUCUACCGGCUUAAUGUAAAUAGAACUUGACCUAGCACAGACAUGCUAUCCUUAGAAGACAUUAGAACAAAACUGGGUAAAUACAACCAAUCUCAUGUAUUACAAUUUUGGGAGGAACUUGCACCAGAAGCACAAACUAACUUUUUAAGUCAAUUGAGCGAUAUCAACUUCGACGAUGUAAGCAACCUUUUCAACAGGGCUCUUGGGAGUCUGUCGGAAGAAACAAAGAAACUGGACACAUUGAUGGAACCAAUUCCUCCAGACCAGUUCGAGUACGAAAAGGGAGUUGAUGAGGACAAACUGGAAGAAUACCGAAAGAAAGGAUUGAAAGCAAUCAGCAAGAGUCGUGUGGCGGUCCUGCUCUUAGCUGGAGGCCAGGGUACAAGACUUGGAGUGCCCUACCCCAAAGGUAUGUGCCCUAUUAGUUUGCCCUCUGGAAAAACACUGUUCCAGAUCCAAGCUGAAAGAAUUAGGUCAGUCGUAAGACUAGCGAAGAAAGAAACAGGUUCAACCGGCAGAGUCUGUUGGUACAUCAUGACCAGUCAGGCUACGCAUGAUGCAACGGCGAAGUUCCUGGAGGGGCACAAAUACUUCGGACUGAACGAAGACGAUGUGGUGCUUUUCCAGCAGGGGUUGUUACCGAGUUUCUCUUACGACGGGAGGAUCAUUUUGGACAGGAAAGAUUCCAUCUCCCUGGCACCUGAUGGCAAUGGAGGCAUUUACCUUGCUUUGAGGAAAAAUAACAUAUUGCAAGACAUGGAAAGGAGAGGAGUUAAAUAUGUUCAUGUUCACAGCGUGGAUAAUAUUCUGGUAAAAGUUGCUGAUCCAGUAUUUAUCGGGUACUGCGUAAUGAAGGGAGCAGACUGCGGCAACAAGGUUGUCCGGAAAGAAGUACCCACCGAACCCGUCGGAGUGGUUUGCCAGGUGGACGGCCGCUUCCAGGUGGUCGAAUACAGCGAAAUCACCGACCAGACCGCCAACUUGCGGGACGACGAGGGAAACUUGAUAUUCCGAGCGGGCAACAUCUGCAACCACUUCUUCACCACCGGCUUCUUAAAGUUGAUAUCCGAGAACUACGAAGACCAACUGAAACUGCACGUGGCAAGGAAGAAGGUCCCCUUCGUUAACGAGAAGGGUGAACGCGUUACCCCAAGUUCGCCUAACGGCAUUAAAAUAGAGAAGUUCAUCUUCGACGUGUUCCAGUUUUCUAAGAAUUUCGUCACGUGGGAGGUUCCUAGGCACACUGAGUUCAGUCCCGUGAAGAACUCGGAAAGCGCCGAAAACGACUGCCCUUCCACAGCGCGUAGGGACUUACUGAAACUCCAUAAAUUGUAUAUCCAGGACGCUGGUGGUACGGUGACUUGUGACGAGGUGGAAAUAUCGCCCCUCGUGUCUUACGCUGGUGAAAAUUUAGUGGAAAGGGUGUAUGGGAAGGUAUUCGAUGGGAGGACUGUUAUCUCGGCAGAAGAGGAAGUGGUUCCAAACGGUUUUUGAAUUGCAUAUACUUAAACACUUAUUUCUAUCCGAUACUUCAGUAUUAUAUCAACACCUUUUUAAGUUUAACUAUAAAUAUUUGAUAAUAAAAAGAUUAAAAGUAACAAAA